GACCAGCUCCAGUCACACACACCAGCUCCCAACCAACAGAAUGAAGGCCUUCAUUGUCGCCGCCCUCCUGGCCGUCGCUGCCGCCGACAAGCUGCCCGCUGCCUACAGGGCUCCGGUUGCCUACAGGGCCCCGGCUGCCUACGAGGCCCCGGCUGCCUACAAGGAGCCCGAGUACGAGCCGGCCCCGUACGCGUUCGACUACUCGGUCAGCGACUACGAGACGGGCUCCAAGUUUGCCGCCAACGAGAACAGCGACGGCAAGCAGACGUCCGGCUACUACACGGUGGCUCUGCCCGACGGCCGCAUCCAGACGGUCAAGUACACCGUCGACGACUACGCCGGCUACAACGCCGAGGUCACGUACGAGGGCGAGGCCCAGUACCCCGAGGAGCCCGUCUACAAGGCCGCUCCGGCUCCGGCUCCCGUCUACAAGGCUGCUCCCGUCUAUAAGGAGCCUGAGCAGGAGCCCAUCUACGCCUACCGCCCCGUCCAGAAGUACAGCAACUAAGGCGUCUUCAUGAUCUCAGUUUACGUAUUCUUACGUCCUUCUAUUGGCAUAUGCCUGCCGGCCAUGAAAUAGGCAUGAUCAUUGUGCUACUAUUUAAUAUUUAUUGUUGUAAUUUUUGAGCUGUGCGUGAAAAUAUAUCGUAAACUUGCUGG